CGGCAGGAUAUUUAACCAGCGCUCGCCACCGGAAACAAAGCACAAACUGUCAGCCUCACCCAACAGCCGGCAAAACUUCAGUCACAGAUUUUUUUGUUUAUAUUAAGUUCUGCAUUCCGGUUAUUAGUCAAAACGACGAAGAAUAAAGUACAAAUUUGAUUGCCUGUAUUCCAGAGAACUAAAUACCGUGGAGUACAAAGGACGCACAUUAAAUCGGAAAGAAAGAAAAAUAAGAAUAAAAGACUCUUAACUGUGCUGUAAGCUAAGAAAAAACCCAACACUCAAGACUGUCUAAUAACUACGUGAGGUCCUCAAGAGGAAGAACAAUCCAGAUUACGGAGAAAGCAACAAGCUAGAGGAAAUCAGACAAACAGACAGACAGAGAUCGUAAACUGCGACGUGUGACUGUCCUAGUGUGUCCUCAUCAGUGAAGAUUGGUCUUUCCUUUCCCGGAGACGUACAGAAACAGAUAAAGGGCCCCCAAGCCUGUGCCAGAACUACGCCCAGUGCCACAAAGAAGAGGUUCGAGUCCCGCUCCAGAGAUCUCAAAAUGUCCCGCGCUCUCGCAGCUGUCACUGUUGUGUUCCUUCUUAGCGUCGUCUGCUCACCGACGUCUGCCAACUGGUUCGGGAAGAGGGGUGACAAAGAUGACCUGUUCAGUCUCCUCCUCCAACAACAGCAACAACAGCCGACACACGCUGACAGCUCAAUUGUCCCCCUUGCCUCAACCGGGGCGGAAGAUGCAAUGUUUGCCAUAGAGAACAUCGUGCAGGCGUGGAGACAGCACCGCUCUGAGAAGUUGGGCCGAUCCACGCAGGGAUAACUCUGGCCCGGACAUCUCAGGCUUACCAACAUUGUGCUGUGGUAUAUGAGAGGAAGAAUGACUGCAAGAGUUUUAAAGUGCAAAGUGCAGACUGGUCAACAUUUCAAGUCGAUGCAAUAAGCAACACCCACUUUAUGAACGCCAUCAGACGGCUCAACAGUGACAUGUGGUCACCUACACUUUCCCAACAGUGAUAUAUGGUCACCUACACUUUCCCAACAGUGACAUGUGGUCACCUACACUUUCCCAACAGUGAUAUGUGGUCACCUACACUUUCCCAACAGUGACAUGUGGUCACCUACACUUUCCCAACAGUGAUAUGUGGUCACCUACACUUUCCCAACAAUGACAUGUGGUCACCUACACUUUCCAAACACUUGCAUGUAGUCCCUACACUUUCCCCAACACCUACACUUUCCCAUCCACACCCCAAUCUCUUCGCCCUGCUGUGGAGACAUGACUGUUCUUCCAACUGCUGCAGAAACCAGAGGGAAUGACAAGUACAAGUCCCACAGACCUGCAAGUUGGAAGAAUGUUUCGGUGCUGUGCUCAUGCUUCACGGGAUUGACGCAUCCUUAUUAUCACGCUGUCCUUUACUUCUGUCUUGUCUUCAUAAACUCUUAUGCGUUGAAUUUUAUAGGAUUUUGUUUUUCAUUGUUCAGAUUGGUUCAUAGAGAACAAAAAGAAUAAUGUGCCGUC